UCGGUGCCUGGGGGCAGGCGCCAUCUGUGAAUCACGCGCCUGGUGCGGCGCGCCCGGCUCGGCGUGUAGCUGGAUCCCGUGGUUGCUGGCGGUGCUUCGAGCCACAUCGGAGCGUCCUCUCGCUGACGACGUAAGUUGGCGGCUCCUACUUGGAGCUUCACCCGGGCCUGGUGACGUCAUCGUGCUUCGCAUCUCGUCCUCGUUGUGCAAUAGCGCGGCCGUCGUGAGGUCCAGCCAUGCCCCGCGAGGACUUCCUGCGCUCCAACGGGGCCGACCCGUCCGAGGUGGAGACGUUUGACCCGGACCUGGGGCCGGGCAGGCCGGCGGCGCCCCGGCGUCCGCGCAAGAAGUGGAAGGAAGUGGCCGACACGCGACCGAUGCCGCGGCUCGACCCGGACGUGUACAGCACCAAGAAGUCGGUGGCGCAGGGCUUCAUGGACGUGGCGCUGCUGUCGGCCAACGCCGACCAGCUGCGCACGCUGCUCAAAACGGGUGACUCGAACUCGCCCUUCUACGUCGCCUGCAUGGUCUUCAUCUCGCUGAGUCUGAUCGUGCAGGUCAUGAUAGCCGUGUGCCUGCUGGUGAAGAUGCGCUACAACAUCAACCGACCCGACCACUUCCGCAGGGCCGAAACCCUCAACAACAUCUGCAUGAUCGCCUCCGUCUUCCUCACCACCUUCAACGUGCUGAUCACGUCGUUCAUGGCGGAGGUGCCCGGCGUGACGGAGGUGCUCUCCGUGAACGAGGUGGAGACCCUGCCGAACUUUCCGCGUGACGCUAUCGACUCGGCGGAGCCGGUCGUCGGAUGACGGUCAUCGGUCGGUCAUCCGGCCGGAUGACGGUCAUCCGACCGUCAUCUCACCUCUGGGCCGGUCGUUGCCGUGGUGAUGAUCUCCCGCCCCGGACGGACGCGUAUGAUAGGCAGCUGUGUAGAGCGUGGGUGGGUAGACUAGACGUGCGUCACGUGUGCCGCUUUGCGCUGUGACGUCACUACGGGCGCAGCCCCGUCAGAGAGAGAGGUGCCCGUGGGGUGUAACCCUGCCGCUGUCACUGCGUCAUUCGGAUGGGGGGCACUGGCACAGCGCAAACGCAUUACGUCGGCUGAGUCACGGAGCCGGGAGCGAGACACGCGGGAUUUUAGCUGAUGACACCCUGACGGCACCGGCAGCGGCCGUGCUCCGCCGACCGCCGACACACCGCCCUGGCGGCGUAUGACCCAAAAGGGCCGAGCGACCUGGUGCCGGGCGGGCUACUUCGCGGCAUUGAUCUCGGGCCGCCUGGACGGACCGCAGCGGGCCCAUGAUGCAACGAGGCCCGGAUCCGGCGUUUCGGUUGUGACGUCACAGACAAGCGGCCGCUGCGGCGCGUCUGCCGGAAAGUUCCAUUUGCCGAACAGGAGUCCGGACCGUCCCCGCGGGUCGCUGAGCGCCGGGCCGCCGGGUCCGCGCCGCCGAAGCCUCUCGAAGCGCGCCGGCGAAGUCCGCCGACCCGGCUGGCUCCAACUGCGCCAUUUGGACGUGCGCAGCGAGUGUGCUCGCGGCGGGAUGCGGCGGAGAAGCUGACAUCGCCGCCACGCGCGCCAGGGCGGGGGUGGCGUCAGCGAUGUGUCACGAGAUGAUUGCUGACUCGGAUUGGGUCGGAUUGAUUGCUGACUCGGCGCGUUCGGAUAAUGAAACUUGAAAUGAAGAUCAGUUUGGACUACAGUGGGCUAAAUCCCGCGUAUUUUCAGAUGGAUGAAACGAUGGCGUCAUGACCUUGUUGUGUUUGUCUUGUUAUGUCAUUUUGUUAUGUUUGUGCAAUUGGAUGUUGCAAUAUAUAAUGGCU